AUGAAUCUCACCAUUAUCACUAACAACGCCGAUAUCCUCAAUCGCCAGGAAAUGCGCGGCGGUACCAAUGAGCUGGCCAAAGCCCUCGACCGCGUAGCGGCUCGUGAGGCAGCCCAGGGAGUAGACAAGGCGCACAUGCUACUCAUGACUAAAGAGGAAGCUGCGAAGUUGUCCACACGGUCUACAGCAUCAGCAACGAGUACAAGUCUCCUUCAACUCGAAAGUCUCAACACAGAAAAGGCAGUGCCGGCAUACAGGAGCGAUAGAACCGACUAUGUGUACGGCUCAUUGGCGCAGGGCUCAUUAAUGAGAAAUCCUUCCUCAAAAGCCUCCCAACUGCAAUGA